UAAGCCCACCGGGUGGUCUCCCCACCCUCUCUCACCGCCCCACAGCAAAUCCCGUUUCCUGUCCACCGGAAGAAGUGGACUUUCCCCACUCUCCUCCUCUUCGUCUUCCUCACGAGUCCCACACGCUUUCCAUUCCUCGCCGCAGAUCGGCUCGCACGCCAAGAACGCGCAUGGAGGUGUCGCCGGAGCAGGGCUCGACCUGGCCGGACGACUUCCGCUGCCCAAUCUCGCUGGAGGUCAUGACCGACCCCGUCAUCCUCCCCUCCGGCCACACCUUCGAGCGCCGCAGCAUCCAGCGCUGGCUCGACGGCGGCCACCUCACCUGCCCCGUCACCAACCUGCCGCUCCCCCCCUCGCCGCCCCUCAUCCCCAACCACGCCCUCCGCCGCCUUAUUGCCGCCGUCUCUCCUGUCGCCGCCGCCGCCGUGCCAACGGCGGCGGCGGGCGGUGGUGGUGGGGAGAGGAGAGAGCCGGCUGCGGCGGCGAUUUCGUCGGUUUAUGGGUUGCUUAGGUUGGCGAGGUCCGGGCCGGAAGGGAGGAGGCAGGUGAUGGAGUCCGGCGACGUGGGGGUGCUCCUGCGGCACGCGGCGGGCGGGGAUGAAGUGGCGGCGAGGGCGCUGCUGCACCUGAGCCUCGACGGGGACGACGCGCGGGUCGGGUUGGUGGCGGACGGCGCCGUGGACGCGCUCUCCGCCGCGGUGUCGUCCGGUGGCGCGGCCGCGGCGGUGGCCGCCACGGCGCUCACCAGCCUCGCCACGGUGGACGUCAACAAGUGCACCAUCGGGGCGCACCCCUCGGCCGUCCCGGCGCUGGUCGGCCUCCUCCGCCGCGGCGGCGGCGCGCGGGAGCGGCGCGAGGCCGCCACGGCGCUGUACGAGCUCUGCAAGCUGCCGGAGAACAGGCGCCGCGCCGUGCGCGCCGGGGCGGCGCCCGCGCUCGUCGACCUCGCCGCCGCGGGCUCCGCGCGCGCCGCCGAGGUGCUCGGCCUCUUCGCCAAGUCCCGCGAGGGGCGCCACGAGCUGUCCAGGAUCCCCCGCGUCGUCGCCGUGCUCGUCGGCGUCGCCGGCAGCGGCAACGCGCGCGCCAUCGAGCAGGCGCUCGUCGUCCUCAACUUGAUCUGCGGCGAGAGCAACCAAUUGGCGAGGGAGGCGAUCAAGCUCGGAGCAUUCCAUCUCUGCGAGGCUCUCGUCAACGACGACAACUGCAAGAUUGCCAAGAACGCGGUGGAAUUAGCUCGGACGCUCGAGAAGCUUUGAUGAAUUUCAUCCAAACUCCAAACAUCAAAUUUGUGCGAAUUUUGAUUCGGCGCCUCUUCGAAUCGGUGUUGGGCUCGGUGUACAAAGGUAGAAACAGCAAAGGUGAACCUUUUUUUGGGGUCUACUCUUCUCUUCUUUUUGGUUGGGUUCAUUUCCCUUCUCUUUUCAUGUGGUAGCAGCGUCGAAAGGAAGAAGAAGAAGAAGAAAAAAAAAUAAGUAGAAUUUAGUUCCUUUUUUUUUUGUUCAUAUGCUUAGAAAAACAUGGUCCUCUCAUCAUUUCACCCAGACCUUCUGUGGUGUUCUGUUCUGGAUUGAAUUCUGAAUCCCAAAAUCAUCCAAUCUGAAAUGUCGUAUGAUAUAUGAUACAUCUCAUGAUCAAGUGAUCUCUUUUUUGCUCUCAA